GAAUCUGAUCCUGUGCCCCAAUAAGUGUCUCAAGCCUUUUGUGCCCUAAAACUAGCCCUGAGCCCCAUCUGAAGACGAGCACCUAAGUCCCAACCCCCAAACCAGCCUGAACCCCAAACCCAAGUCCAUCCUGGAUCUCUAAUCCUGAGGUCAGCCCCUGUGCACCUAUCCUGAGGCCACCCCCAGGAACUCUACUUACUUCAUCAAGUGCCAUGCCUUAUCCCAGAGCAGAGAGGCAGAACUGGGGGAUCUGCACACCAUCCCCAUGGCUCUGAUCCUCCUCUCUCCUGUCCCCAGGUCACCCCCAAGGUCCCAUACUGGCCACCGUCCCCGAGAAAGAAAUCGACGACGGUCCCCAGACCACCGGCAUGGCCAUUUCUGAGAUGCUGACCUUGCCCUCCACCCCUGGCAGGCACAUAUGUUCCUGGCCAGGACCCCUCCUCAAAGCCCCCUUAACUCCCUAGUGCCAUCUUUUCCAUGCUCCGGGUCUCCAUGAUGUAAUACCUUCAACACAGGGACCUUCUAUCGCCCCGCCCCUAAUAAAGUUCUAUAUUGAGGGUUUAGAGCUUCGUUGUUAGCUUGAGCCUGGCUGUGGGCUGGUUUCCUUCCACCCCCACAUCUGCUGAUGAAAAGGGGAAGUAGGGCUGGGCUCUGGCCACAACCUCAGCCAAGAAACUUACAACAACAGGUGGGAAAGCAGCAUGCCCAGGGUCCUAGAAACCCCCAAGUGGGACUGGUUGGGUGGGGCUGCCUUUGUGCUGAAACUUCAGCACGUCCAUCAGAGGAUUCUCAAGGGGGAGAUGCUUGGUUGUGGCAGGUCAGAGGAUUCCCAGUCUGGAGGAGAUUGGGGUUAGGAGCUAAGGUAAGAUUGCUGGGAGUUGGGUGGGAGUCUCCAGUGGGUGAUGGCUGGGUCCUCCAUGCCCACUGCCCUGAGAUGGGAAUAGGUAGUACCUAAUACUUAAGCUUACACUGUGCCAGGUGCCAGGUGUUCUAAAUGCUUUACUUCCAGUAAUGGUUUUACAUCUCCACAAUAACCUUCUAAGACAGGUACUAUUAUACCAUUUUACAGAUGGGAAAAGAGAGGGCAAGAAGAUGGCAGAGAUGGGAUAUAAAUCCACGCAGUCCGGCUCCAGAGUCCUCGCUGUAGCCAUCUUGAGGCCUUGUGGCUGCUCUGAUAACGGGCCAGGAGCUGGUCUGGGGCUGGAGAGUAGAUUCCUGGCUUCCAAAGGGGACUGGGGAUCCUAUGCCCCCACAUCCACUGCUUCCUUCUGCCCCGGUUUCCUGGCAAGUGCGGCAGAGGUGCUGUGGCAGGAAGUCCUGUGGUCAUGGCCCCCCAGAAGGCAGGCUCCGCCAGGAUGGGGCCCCUAUGCCUCCUCCUGGCUGCCGUGCUGCUCCUGGCCCAGGCGGCGCCGAGGAAGGCCUCUCAGCACUGCACGGAGUACCGGAACCCUGAGGACCUGUGCUGUGGCAGCUGCUUGCAGCGCUUCGGGCCGCCCCCUGCUCGGACCGAAUUUUCGGAAAACUGCGGGCCCGAUGAUGCGGGCAAUCACGUAACGCACCCCUUCAAAGAGUGUCCUCCUGGGCAGUGCAACCCCAACAGCGAGGAGCUAUGUAGCCCUUGUGGCGGCGGAGCAACGGCCCCCACUUCCUUGGGGAGCCGCGGCGGGACCCGGAGGCGCGGCAGACAGAAGCCGGUCCCUAACAAGGAGCCCUGCCCCCUGACACGUGGAAAGCUGAGCGUCCUUAGUUCCCAGGAGCCCAGCUUACCGGCGAUUUCCAGUCUCCUGUGGACAUCUGAGCACAAAGUCCCUCAGCAGGCCUGGCCGAGUUGGAGUUUUGACCUGUCCCUGGUGCUGGUUCUGCUCAUGACCUCAGCAGAAAUUCUCCUGCUCGCCCUGCAAAGGCACCGCCGUCGCCACCACCAGGGGAAAGCUGUCCAACACCCCUAUCCUGGCUUGGUUUGCAACGACCUCAACACCCACACCCUAUUCUCCUUGCACUUGUCCCCUCCAGGCUCCCUGGAGGCUUCAGAGGCAGGGGACUCAGGGAAGGAGGUCCCUCUGCCUCCACUCCUAGGCAGGGAGCUGCCAAGUCUGGAAUCACAGCCGCUGUCUCGCCUCCUGGAUGAGCUGGAAGUGCUGGAGGAGCUGAUCGUGCUGCUGGAUCCUGAGCCUGGGCCAGGUUGGGGGAGAGCCUGUGGCAGCACUCGACACCUGGCUGCAAAAUAUGGACUGCCUGCUGCCUGGUCCACUUCCGCCUACUCCCUGCAGCCCAGUCGCUGGCCUCGGUGGGCCCUGAUGGAGAUGGUGGUGGCAAGGGAGCCCUCUGCCUCUCUGGGCCAGAUUGGCGCACCUGCCCAGAGAGGGCGGGCAGAUGCACUGCAGGUGCUGUCCAAGCUUGGCUGAGCUGGGGCCUGCCCAGCCUAG